GAAUUUGUAUGCACGAUUAAAUAUAAAAAUUUGGAUUACAUAGUUAUCGACGAUCAACAUCGUUUCAACAUAUGUUUCUGACAAAGAUGUCACUUCGUUCGAUGGUCAGCGAAGAAAAUCAGGAAGGGAAAAAGUGUUCUCAGAAGGGAAGACGUUCUAUGAAUAUCAUAUGUUUUUAUGCGUGAUUCUUCGUCGAAGCAUCGUUGGAUUAACAACAGCAGAUUUACCCUUGCUAUUACAAUGGCGACUUUUCAUAAGAAGCACCUUUGUUCGUCGAACAUAACUGUAAGCGCCGUAUUUUUCGAUCUGGACAACACACUCAUCGAGACUAGGAAGGGCGACAAUCAAACGUGUCGGAAGGUACGCUAAUGCAUUUGAAAUAUCGUGUAUAUAAACGGUCAGUAUUGCUCAGAUACUAGAAAACGUGCGUGUGUUUCCUCCUAGAGAGUGUACGCGAGAAAUGAACGUUUAAUUUUACGUCAGAGAAACGUGAAAGGUCACACUUGCAUCGAUAACAAUUCAUUUAUUUAGUCCGUGUACAUAUUUCGCUUGUUGUUUUUCUUCCAUUUUUUGAAGAAAUUUGUUCGGGGUUACGUUCUCUCUCUCUUUCGUUUCUGUGGUGCCAGAUUGAGUAUCGUGAGUCACCGUUCGCCAUAUUGGAUUCGCCCCACCACCGAUGGAAUAGUGGGAAUAGAAGAUAACUAAUGCAUGAAUUGCAUUUAUGUAUGCAAGCUUGGCACUUCGGAUAACUUCAGGAAGUCGAGAAAGAAAGCAAAAUGUGAGCCUUUUAGAGCCCGUGUAUCUAUACGCAGGUUUCCAAUUAGUUUACUGUCCCCCACUAUUCCUUCGUUGGUGAGGCGAAUUCAAUAUGGCGGACGGUGACUCGCGAUGCUCGUUCCGACACCACAGCUUCCGUUUGGAUAUGAAGAUCGCACGAAAAUAGAAACCUCUGUGUAAUACGAGCCGACUCCCUGAUAUAGAGCUUUCUCUCGCACGGUUAUUUUUGGCCGAUCCUACUGGUACUGUCCAGACGCUCAACAUAACGUAGAAAAAGCGUGCAAGCACGUUACUGAAAGCUUUCACGAUCCUGAGAUACCAGUUCAAACAUACAAAAGAUCGCGCGCAAUGCGUUAUCGUAGAAGGUUAUAAUUGUUACUCGCUGAAGAAAAUACACGUAUAAAAUAAUUUUCUUUGAUAAAAUUGUGGUGAAAGAAUUUAUAUAAAUAAUUUUUAAUCUAGUCUCCUUUCAAUACAACGAUUAGUAUCAGAAAUUAACCGAUGACGUACAUUACGUUUUAAGAAGUUUAAAUAAGUGAACGCAUAACGUCAUUAACCUUACAUUGGCAAUAAUCCAUUGGCUGGUAAUGUACACUCGUUUGUGGAAUAACGUUUGUGGUGGUACAACUUUAUUUUUGUCCCUCUAAGUGAGUGUGUCAAAGGGCAAGGCUAGUUCCAAGGGGUUCUCUCUGGGAGUACUGCCAGUUGGCUUUUAGCUGUGUCGUGUGAAACAUGCAAUCUUCUGUGAAACCUUGUUAAACAUUUCAUAAAUAACUGUACGUUGAGCAUCGUUUGAAAUAUUGUUACCAUAAAAGGAAAACAAGUUUAUAAAAACAUAACGAUAAUAUUUAGUUGUAUAAAUUUAAAAAAACAACAAAUUAUAACAAUGAGUAUCCCGGAGGGUGUGAAGAAGUGUGUAGCUAUAUUAAAGUCUGUCGAACAUGACUCAGAAAAAUUUGCUGCAUUAUUUAUGGUUACAAAGUUAGUGAACGGCAAGGAUUGCACGCCAGCGAUUAAAAAAAUAUUAUUUGAAGCUAUCGGCUCUAAGUUCAUAAAAAAGUUGUUAUCUACUCAAACGGUCCCUAUAGAUUGCCCUCCUCAAGUGUACAAAUCUGUAGCAUUAUCUAUACUUUCUUCAUUUUGCGGAGAGGAAGAGUUAGCAUCUCACCCCGAUAUGAUAACUCAUGUACCUGCAUUGCUUGAAAUUGUUUCUCAAGUUGAUGAAGAUGCAGCGGAUGACAUGUUAAUUAUUGUUAGCGAAGCAUAUACGUGUCUGCAAAAUAUCGCACAAUAUCCUCCAGGGCAGAAGGCUUUACUUGAACAGAAAGCAAUUUCAAAAAUGUGUGACAUUUAUUCAGAAAAAAGUUUCCAAACGGAUCAAGCUUUAAAUAUUUUAGUCAUGUUAGUUGGAAGAUUUGGCCCAGAAUCUUGGGAUGCAACGAAUACUUUCACAUUUCAUGCUAUCAUAAAUAAAAUUGCGCUAGACUUUGAAACUGACCAUACGGAAAGAAAAUUUGAAUUGUGCACAAUUUUACAAGCAUUAUUAAUGUCCUGUAGAAGAGAUAUCAUUAGUGAAACUGCUAAAGAGGAAUCUUGGCCAUUUAGUAUUCACAAAGCUUUAUCCGAUAUUCUUGGAUCAAAAAUAGGCAAGAAUCAACGUGACCCUGCAUUGAAGCUUGCUUCUGUAAUGAUGGAUUUAUUGGGAGCAGAAUGGAGCGUGUCUGACGAAGAAAAACCGAAAGUAUUUUUCUUACUUUUAAUUCAAUUAGCGUCUAUAGAAGUUAGAAUGCAGUUAGAAGGAAAACAACUUAAAGGAAUUAUGGCAAAUGCUGAUUUAGUUACAUCCUGUUUUAUUAUUCUUGAAAUUUCUCUGACAUACAUCACUACCGAUCAGCUAAUUUUAGAAGAGAAAGAAAAACAGUCUUUAUAUACAGCCUUGAAGGGGGCUUUUGCUGCAGUUAUAGGUUUACUUACUGCGGUUUCUAAAAUGAAAGAAUUAACAGAUAUUAAAGAACGAGUAUUUAUCUGUGCUGUGGUAAGAGUACUGGCAGCAUGGUUUGCUCAAGAAACAAAAGCCAUGCGUACUCAAGUUUAUGCAGUUUUGCCAUAUGUUCUGUCGAUAGCUAAUGACACAUUCUAUGCUUAUCGAAAUAGAAAAUUAGCAGAAAAGGCUAAAAUAAAUGCUAAAGCUAAGACAGAAGAAGGGACAUCAUCAGAAGAACCGGUUACUCAAGAUCCUUUAAGCGAAGUUGAUCUAUUAAGAUUGUUAUUACCAGCUUUGUGUUAUUUAACUGUUGAAGAAGAGGCUAGAAAUAUUUUACUUAAACAUAAGCAAGAAGAAGUCUUGUUUGAAUGUUUGUCUUAUCAUUGGACAAUUGUUCAUUAUGUAAAGCCACCAGUUCCAAGAUCGGAAAGACUGAAAGCAUUGAAAGAAUCAGUAAAAGGAGAAGAUCUAGAACUCCAUGUAUCCGAAGCAAUGAAAGAUUCAAGAACAGCAAUGGUUUCUGUAUGCAAUGUUUUAAUGAAUAUCACUGUAUUAGAGCCAAAAUUAGUGGAAGAAUCAGCUGUCUUUGUUUCAUUAUUGAAAUUUAUUUUCACUAAUCUUCCAGAACUCAAACAAAUUCCAGAAAAUUUAGUAUUGCAUGGUCAUCUGGCAGUUUUGGGAUUAUUAUUAUUGAAACAACAGGCGAAACGUAUUAAGAAAAAUGAUUUUUCUAUAUGUAGAUAUAUUCAAGCCACUAUAAGGUUCUUAUGGGAUGCAUAUAUUAUUGACGAGAGUAAUGAUCCAACAGAACUGGUUGUUUCUAUGUUGUAUAAAGAGCGAUGGAUGGAAAUUAUGGAACUGUGGUUCCUUGGAAUGCAAACAAUGGCUGGAGUUUUACAAGUAGUACCUUGGCUUUCACAAUUUACUCUUGAGUCUGGUUGGGCCGAAGAAAUGGUCGAAACUCUUAAAAAAGUAAAGAUUGGAAGCCUUCAGCCAAAUGUAAAAUGUGCCUUCGAAGAUCUUUUAUGCCACUUAGUUAAAGCAGAUGAGAAUAUAGCUUCUGUUUUGAAGAAAUGUGGAGUUUUAACUGUAUGCAGAAAUCAUCGUAUGAUGGAACUUGGAAAACAGCUUUUUGGAGACUAAAGCAACACAGAGAACAAUUGUUCAAAUAUUCUUUUGGCGUUCAAUGUCUAAAAUGAAAGAACUAUAAAUUGUGUUUUUACUGAAAGAGAAAAAAUAAAAUACAAUUAUCUAUUUUACACAUUACACAAUAUUCUUUAGAAUACAAAUUUCCUAAUAAGCAUCUGUAGCUAAGUGAAAUUUUGUUUUGCCAAAAUGGCACACAGUCCAACGAUGUGUUUAUUUGCAAUUUUCUGAAACUGUGUACAGUCAUAGUCCAAAUAUAAAGUUAGGUACCAAUCACAUCUAGAAAUAGUUUUCUGGCAAGCAAAGGAAUCAAUGAAUGUCUCAAUGAAUUAUACAGUUUGUAAAGUUUUAAUAUUGAAGUACACUGCUGCUGGAAGGUAUUUGAUCGCUUGUUGCAUACAUGUACAUUUGAUUAUUACUUUAAAGGAGCCAAUAUAUGUAAUUUUAUUGUUUUCGUGAAAGUAAACAUUUGUAAUCAAAAUAUAUGUAAGUUUAAAGACGUAACUACAUUCUUUUAGUAAAUAAAAAUAGAUUUUUAUAUAUAUAUAUAUAUAUUUACUAUCGAUGUAGUUUCAAAAUGUAUAUAGCUUAACAAAUUUUUAUGUAUAAUGAAUGGUUUUAUAAAAUAACAAAUGGUUUUCUCAUUAAAUUGUUUUGUAAAGUAUUUUGUUCUUUUAAAUUAUUACCCAUAUCUGCAUUAAAAAAACGAUAAAAUUACUGAAUCAUGUCGAAAUUACUUUGGAUGUUAUAAUAAACCUGCAGCAUAGGGUGGGCAAUAAUAAAUGUAAAUGUUAACAUCCAACAACCUUUUGACUAAGGCUUUUAGGGUUGGAGUAAUAUAAGUUUGUUGUUGGCACAACUGAUUUUGUUGUGAUUACAGCAACGACCGCGGGUGCCACUUCGAGUGUCCACUAAUCGGCUCGAGUAUUUCAAUGAAUCAAUGCAUUUUCUAGUUGGCUGAGGAAUUAACGCAAGAAUAUGGCAUUGCUGAAGAUGUAUCUGUCAAGAUUACAGCAACAUAUUUGAAACUCUUUAGAAAGUGUCCCGACAAUGUGAUUUAUACCUUGGAUGU